UAUGGAGAACGAGGGCGUGUAUUUUAAUAGCGGGCUUGGAAAAUGUGGGGUAAAACGACAAAAAUGUUUAAUGUCCGUGAAAUUGAAUCCGCUCCCGAAUAGAUAACUUUCUAAUGUGUAAUUUCAGUUUAUGUAGCCCCUUCCGGUUGUAUAUUAGUGGGAAACGAAAAGUCUGACUAGACAUGAAAAGAUAACCUAGUACAAAGUAUCUGAUAUGUGUGGUCCAAAAACAUAUUCGGGCCAACUGAUUUUGACCAGAAAAGAAGCAUGAGGUCAAAGCAAAUAUCAGCUUGACAAGAACACCCAAGUCUCUCUUAAAUUAUGGUUAUUAGCAAGUAGCAAAUGCAGCUUUAACAAUCCUAACACCUCAUGGGUAUGGUAGUGUUAAAGGCCUUCCUCCUCUUCAUGAACGUUGCUUUUCUGUUGUGUCUGCAUUCUGGCUCUCCUUUUGUAGUUGGCUUUAUGCAAGGUGGGAACGAGACUGACUGUCUAGCCUUGCUUGCAUUCAAAGCAACCAUAACCAAUGAUCCCUUUGGAGCUCUGAACUCGUGGAAUGAGUCCAUCCACUUUUGUCAAUGGGUUGGUGUAAAAUGUGGCUGCCGACACCAGAGGACACCAGAGGGUCACUGUGUUGGGGCUUAAUAAUCAGAAACUGUCAGGGUCUGUUUUGCCCCACAUUGGAAAUCUGAACUUUCUCAGGGAACUAUGGCUUCAGAACAACAGCUUGAGUAGUGAAAUCCCCCCAGAACUCUGCCACUUACGAAGACUACAAAUAUUAUCGCUGGUUAAUAAUUCAAUUUCUAGUGAAAUUCCCACCAAUAUAUCUAGUUGCUCUAACCUUGUUCACCUCGAACUCUCUGGUAAUAGGCUGACAGGAAAUAUUCAUGCGGAGCUCGGUUCUUUGAGUAAGCUCCAGGGGCUGUAUAUUGCAAAAUACAAUCUAGCCGGAGAUACUUUUGGUCGAUGGGAAAAAUUGGGACGUCUCUUAUUGGGGUUGAACAAUUUGGUCGAUACCAUUCCUCUCUCAAUUUAUAAUCUCUCUUCCAUGGCAAUAUUUGAAGUUCAUAGUAACCAAAUUGAAGGCCCCCUUCCCUCAAACCUAGGAAUCACUCUUCCUCUACUCCAACGCCUAAAUCUUGGUGGUAACUUGUUUAUUGGUUCCAUUCCUAUCACAAUAUCCAAUGACACCAAACUACAAUACCUUGCCUUGGCGGAAAAUGGAUUUAAAGGAGAAGUCCCUUUGGAAAAGCUGCAAAAACUUGAGGUGUUAAUAUUACACAUGAAUCAUCUAGGAACAGGGCAAGUGGAUGGCUUGAGCUUUCUUGAAACUUUGACCAAUGCCCACUAGAUUGUCCUCCUUGUCUCUAGCCUCCAACAACUUUGGAGGUGUGUUGCCUGAAUCAAUCAGCAACUUCUCUACUGAAUUAUGGUUUUUCAGCUUACAUAUGAAUAGAUUAGUUGGGAGCAUCCCAUCUGAAAUAGGGAAUCUAAUCAAUUUGCAGGUUCUUGGCAUGUCCUCCAACCCCUUUAGUGGUAACAUUCCUUCUGAUAUCAGGAAGCUUCAAAAGCUGCAAAGUUUUAUGCUUGAGGAUAAUAAAUUCCACGGUGAGAUCCCAUCAUCCUUCGCAAAUUUGACUUUGUUAUCUUUUCUCAGUGGAUCUAGAAAUAAUCGUCGUGGCAACAUCCCUUCCUAUAUCGGAACAUACCAAUAUUUGGAGGCAAUAAGACUUGACCAUAACUAUCUUAGUGGUAUCAUACCCGAAGAAGUUGGCAGUCUCUCAUUGUUGUUGGAUCUAAACCUUGCGUAUAAUAAAUUGAGUGGUUCCCUUCCGUUGGAAAUUGGACUUCUCCAAAAUCUAGAAACACUAGAUUUUUCUCAAAAUAUGUUGGACGGUAAUAUUCCAACUUCUCUUGGUAGUUGUGUAAAGUUUACAUCACUAAACAUGAAGGGGAACAAAUUGUGAGGCACCUUUCCUUCAACUUUAGCUACUUUGAGAGGUAUGGAGGAGUUAGAUCUUUCUCACAACAACCUCUUAGGAAAAUUCCAGACUUCUUGGAUGACUUUGUCUUUCUAAAGAAACUAAACCUAUCAUUCAAUGAUUUUGAGGGUCCUGUACCAGAAAGAGGUGUAUCUAAGAAUGCAUCAGCCUUUUCUGUUGAAGAAAACAAGAAACUCUGUGGGGGAAUACCUGAAUUGCAGUUGCAACCAUGCAACUCCAAAGGGUCCACAAAUAAAGGAUUUACUCUUGCCGAGAAAUUAAGUACUUUUAUACGCUCGGGGCUUCUAGGGCUGCUUCUGUUCUUGUGUUUCCUAUAUCUGUGUUGGUUUAGAGGGACAAAAAAAGUACCGUCUGUCAAAAUCUUAGGAAAAUCAUUUCUCCAAUUGUCCUACCAAAGUCUGCUUAAAGCUACUGACGGCUUUUCUCCAGCAAAUUUGAUUGGUGUUGGUAGUUUUGGUUCAGUAUAGAAAGGAAUUCAUAACGAGGACCGGAAAGUUGUCGCACUUAAAGUACCAAACCUUUAAUUUCGCGGUGCUUCCAAGAGUUUCCUUGCUGAGUGUAAGGCCUUAAAAAGCAUCAGACAUCAAAAUCUUCUAAAUGUACUCACAGCAUGUUCAAGUGUUGAUUAUCAAGGACGAUUUCAAAGCUCUUGUGUAUGAGUUCAUGGUUAAUGGGAGCCUAGAGGAGUGGUUGCAUCGAAAUGAGAAUGAAGAAGAUGCCCACAUGGAAUCAAGGCAUUUAAACAUUCGACAAAGGUUAAAUAUAGCCAUAGAUGUCG